AUGAGAGAAAUUGUUCAUAUUCAAGCAGGCCAAUGUGGUAACCAAAUUGGUGCAAAAUUUUGGGAAGUCAUUUCUGAUGAACAUGGAAUAGAUCCAAGUGGUACAUAUAGAGGUGAUAGUGAUUUACAAUUAGAAAGAGUUGAUGUAUUUUACAAUGAAGCAACAGGAGGCCGAUAUGUUCCAAGAGCUAUAUUAAUGGAUUUAGAACCUGGAACCAUGGACAGUGUACGUGCAGGUCCUUUUGGUCAAUUAUUUCGACCUGAUAAUUUCGUAUUUGGUCAAACAGGAGCAGGUAAUAAUUGGGCUAAGGGACAUUACACUGAAGGAGCAGAAUUAAUAGAUGCAGUUUUAGAUGUUGUUAGAAAGGAAGCUGAAGGAUGUGAUUGUCUUCAAGGAUUCCAAAUUACCCAUUCUUUAGGUGGUGGUACUGGUAGUGGAAUGGGUACAUUAUUGAUUAGUAAAAUUAGAGAAGAAUAUCCAGAUCGUAUAAUGGAAACCUUUUCAGUUUUUCCUUCUCCUAAAGUUUCAGAUACUGUUGUUGAACCAUACAAUGCAACCUUGUCAGUUCAUCAAUUAGUGGAAAAUGCUGAUGAAGUACAAGUUAUAGAUAAUGAGGCAUUGUAUGAUAUAUGUUUUAGAACCCUUAAAUUAACAACUCCAACUUAUGGAGAUUUAAAUCAUUUAGUUUCAGCUGCUAUGUCAGGUGUUACAUGCUCUUUGAGAUUUCCAGGUCAAUUAAAUAGUGACUUAAGAAAAUUGGCUGUUAAUUUAAUUCCAUUCCCUCGUUUACACUUUUUUAUGAUUGGUUUUGCUCCUUUAACAAGUAGAGGAAGUCAACAAUACAGAGCAUUAACUGUACCAGAAUUAACUCAACAGAUGUUUGAUGCAAAAAAUAUGAUGUGCGCAAGUGAUCCAAGACAUGGUAGAUAUUUAACUGCAUGUGCUAUGUUUAGGGGAAGAAUGUCAACAAAAGAAGUUGAUGAGCAAAUGUUAAAUGUACAAAAUAAAAAUUCUUCUUAUUUUGUAGAAUGGAUACCACAUAAUACAAAAUCAAGUGUUUGUGAUAUUCCACCAAAGGGCUUAAAAAUGGCCGUAACUUUUGUAGGAAAUUCAACAGCUAUUCAGGAAAUGUUUAAAAGAGUUUCAGACCAAUUUACAGCUAUGUUUAGAAGAAAGGCAUUUUUACACUGGUAUACUGGAGAAGGUAUGGACGAAAUGGAAUUUACAGAAGCCGAGUCAAACAUGAAUGACCUUGUAUCUGAAUAUCAGCAAUACCAAGAUGCAACAGCUGAAGAAGAAGGAGAAUUUGAGGAGGAAGAGGGAGAUGUUGAAGCAUAA